UACUAAAUGAUCAAGAAAAAAUAAAUCUGAUCGUUCUCACAAAGCAUACUGCUUUUAUAUAACACUUGACUUUAUUUACAGGUACAUACGUCCCAAAAAACAGAUAUGUAGUGCAACAGACUGGAUGGCCAGAGACUGAAAGCUUUUUUAAAGUAUACACCUCACAAAAUGAAAGUGAUGAACGUUCUAACCCAAUAGUUGUUACUAUUCAAAGUGAAAUUAAUCAAGUGCUAAUGCUGAAAAUUAUACAAUACUGUACACUUGUUUACGAAAAAUUCAAUUCUUUGCCAAUUAUAUUAAUUAUUGCUAACAAAGAAUGCCUUGGCUCAAACGAAAAUGAACUAAAUUCACAUUUGGUAAAAGUCAAAUCUGAUUUUUGGGCAGAAAAAUGUCUGAUGCUUCUUUUCGAUUUGGAUAUCACACCUCUUAAAGAUUAACCUAUAAAUGCUUUUCAUGCGUUAUGUCAGUUUUUGUCUCAUCCAGACAAGAUGUUCUCCUUUUCUUCUAAUGUAGAAAAUCAAACUAUUAAUUUGGUUGUAGAG